AUGAUACUCAACGGCUGCUCUUUCACACUGGAAAACUUUCUCGCAUUCGUCGAUAGAUGGAAGGUUACUGAUCGGAGGGGUAACAGAAAGUUCGAAUUUCUGGAUAUGCAUUUUGGAGAUCUAUUGAAAAAGAAGAUUACCGAUGGCAUACUUCAAGGGAAAUCGUGGGAUAAGCAGUUGAGAGGCCGAUAUUAUUUAACUGACAAGGAAGUGAUCGACUGCCAAAAUGGGAAAGACAUCAUUCACAUCAGAGAUGAGAGACUCAUGGCAACAACUCUCAUUCAUUAA